UUCAGCAGUGACAACACACACAGGGCUCAACGCAAACACACACAGGGCUCAACGCAAACACACACUUCCCUUGUUUAAUUCACUCACAUCGUUCCCCAGCCUCCUCUCAGCCCAGACAUGGACGCUUCCGUCAGAGCAGCUCCGGACGCCGCAUCCGGACCGCCGCCAUAUUCACGACAGAAUGAGAGCUCCCUGGUGUCAGCCCUCAAGACUCUGCUGUUCUUCACCAUCCUCAUGGUCACGUUACCCAUCGGACUGUACUUCGCUACCAAGGCCUACGUCUUCGAGGGUUCCAUGAAGAUGUCGAGCUCUGACAGCUACUUCUACGCAGCCAUUGUUGCCGUGCUCGCUGUGCAUGUGGUUCUGGCCUUGUUUGUUUAUGUGGCCUGGAACGAAGGCACACCUAAAGGGAAGGGCAAAGACGAUUAAAGGCAUGUCCUCGUGAGCUAGUACGCCCGGAGGAGACUGAUAGACGUGGAAAUUCACAACUCCCCGUCCUCCCUCUCCCCUCCUGCACUCUGGGCUCCAGCACCAAACAUGACAACAUCCACCAGCCUGACAGUCGGGCUCAGGUUUGAGCUCAGGCUUUGACCUGAGGUUAAAGCACCAAUCGACUGUGUAUUCCCAGGCGCAAGGAAGUAGAGGCUGUUGGUUAUGUGUCUAUUUUCUUUCCAGCAGCCUCGUUAGUUCUGCUUUUUGUUCAAUGAAAUGUUACUUUUGUUGACAGAGGACAGCCCAUAUUUUUAAAAGAGGUUUUCCUAUAAGCUGCCAUUUGGAUAAGUGCUGUAAAGAGUUGGUCAUGUUGGAGAACAUCUUGGGCUUUUGUGCAUGUAUGAGGGAUUUGAUUCCACAAAACUCCGGAACAUCCAUUCUGUGAGAAUCUGUGCUACUGAGUAAAUCAGUCUGUCCUUCAAUAUCAGUUCUGAUCUGCAUCCAUUUAAAAACGACUCUUAACUUCAACGUAAUCCCCUAAUGAGCUAAACUUUCAUGCUGUAUUUUUGAACAAACUCUUCAUGUCUUGUCCUUAAAAUAAUCUGACUCAUCUGUCCUCAUAGAAGUGUGUUUCUUUCUCUUUUAAUGUUUGUACUGUAGUGAAACGAUAUUUUUGGAACCUUGAAUUGGGAAUUUAUUUCUAGAUCAGACUAUUUAAAUUAAUAUUUUGUAUCGAAGAUGUUUGACGGUCUAGAUGUCAAAGAAGUCAGUGUGAUUGGGAUGAGAAUAUCACUUAGAUAAAUGUGAAAAGAUAAUUGUAAUAUAUUUGUUGUUUCAAAUAUUUUCAAAAGCUUCCUCCUGUUGUUUCAUUAAAGCAAAAUACAAAUUA